AUGUCGGGGGUGGAGGUGAUCGCGGUCGUAGCUUGUGUGGCAGCCAGUAAGACCAUCUCCUCUCCUAUUACAAUAAACGAGAUUAACAACCCUGAUCGGCAAACAGUCGUCUCCGCCUACAGCGAUGGAGCGAGUAUGUUUACUGCCAUAAGGAAGAAAUACCACGAGCGCCAAUCCACUCAGAAACUAGAACGGUCGCUCGAACGCGGCCGUACUGAUAUUGAAUCUCGGUUCAACCAGUACCGUCAAGAGCUUGGCUGGCGAUAUGAGGAAGGUGACGCGAUCGCCCGGGAGCAGAUGAAGGAUAUCAUCAUCAAACUACAGGGGGCGUUGCUGAGGCAUCUCCGCGAGGCACAGGAUCGGGGGACCACUCUGGAUCUCAUGGCGUUGCAGAGAGAGUCCGAUCAGGACCGCGCUGAUACUAUGCUUAUUUUGGGAGGUUUAUACCAGCGGCUCUCGAGGCCGUCUUUUCCGCUGCCCAUCGACCCGACCUCUCGUAGAAUGGCUUCGUAUGGCCAUGAAUAUUCCCUUCAUGGCCAGGACAGAUAUUCAUUAUCCCAUUCCUCGGGGAGUGGGUACAUCUCCGGCUAUCCCGUCUCACCAGCCGGUUAUUUACCAGGCCAGUUCCUACCGGAUGUCGUCUCCGCCUCACCGACGGAUACGCUGGGGCCAUCGAGGGAUUAUGAGGCUACGAAUCUAACAAAUCGCCCACAAUCAUUGGGGCUUGGGUUUGUUGUGAGUAGUAUGGGCGACUUGUUCCAUCCCCGCCCAGGUCGUACACCGUCGUUGCCAGUGUCAUCGCCCGAGCCCAUGUACAUCCCACAACCCGUGGGAUCCAACCCAGGGUCACCGUCGAUGUUGGAGCCGAUUCCGCAAGUUGAUAUCAGACCAGCCACGUCGCACAGACCCAAGUUGCGACCAAGUUCGAUACCCCACGAUGUCUUGUGGGGGAACCCGUGGGAGCACGAAAGCCUCACAGACUCCGACUCCGACUACCGUUACCCCAUCAGCUGUGCUCCGCUCGAAGAAGAAGAAAAUAACCACCUCUCGCCCAUCUUGCCUUCCACGCAACCCCGCCAAGAUUCCCUCUCCGCAACCUCAACCGUCUCCACAGACUCAACCCCAUCAAACCCCUCCACCGGAAGCAGCACCGACCGAUCAACCCAGGCAAUCCGACCCCUCUGGCCACCCAGCAAAACGAACAACUACCUGGGCUUCUGCAAAGGGGCGUGGAAGGUGCACGUGGGAUUCCGAGGAUUCAAAAUCUACACGGAGCCUGGAACGGGGUAUUACACACAACAGUCAUGGUUGCGGUGCACAAAGUGUGCGUUCGAAGCACCCAUGGUCCCGAAGAGUUCUAGCAGCAACCCGCAAUUCGAGAAAAGCGUGCGUACACAUAAAGCCAGCGGUAUUCGUUAUCGAUUCGAGUUCUUGGCGAAAUCCCACGUGCCCUGUAAGCGGGACCCGGCGUCAGAUUUUACCCCUAAUACCCCCCGCGGCACGUUUUGUUGCGUCUUUUGCUGUGCGCUGGCACAGAGCUCCACACGGGUCUAUGGGAACCUGGAUAUCUUCAUGGCGCAUCUGGCAGAACAGCAUUGGACGGUUGAGAAGGGAGCGUUGGCUGUUUUGUCUAGUAUGCGGUGUGUGGUAGGUCGAGUUGCUCCUGAUUCGGAGUAUUUCGAUGUGAAUAUUGUGCCGGUGCGCGGCUGA